GCUGCGGCGGUUUGUCUUCUAGUCCACCACUCAGAUCAGAGCCCCGUAAAGGAAGUUUAACCGCACCAUCCCGGCAUACAACCGGCGCCCCCAGCCUCCGGGUUCGCCAAUCCGUGGCAGCAAACAUCCUAAGGCAUUCGCCGUGUUCUCGAUAUACGGUACCAGACGCACGAAGUGGUCACCGAAGGCCCAAUGGCUGUCGAGGAUGAGAACCAGAUAUUUCAUCUACCGUCCCACAGUGUGGCCCACUCUAACCCCAGCCUCAGACAGUACCCCGCUGGAGGCGUCCCGUCAUCUGCCCUGCAACAAGGUCCUCAGGGCUUCGGUCUUCUCAAGGGACACCUCCAAUCCCAAUCCCAUAAUGAAGACUACCAAACAGGCUACCGUCGCUUCCGGGUGACAGAUAAUCCAUCCCCACAUCAAGCCUCAGACCAGCACCAACAUGUCGUUUGCUGGUCACGUCAGUGUCGAUUCCGGGCGCGAUUUGUUGUCGAAAACACAACGUCGUACGUGAGGUUCCAGAAGACUGGUUCUAAGACCGACCCCUGCUGUAACUCACUAUCUCUUCAUCUCUCCGCCCUCUUCUCCUUCAGCUCAGCGACUUCGAGUCUGAUAUGGACUUUCCAAACAUUUAUACACGCACGCUCAGUGAUAAAUUAUUGUAAGGCUAAAAAGCGGCGAGCUAUUCGCCAUAUUAUCAUUAUGAAAAUGCGUUGCUAUUACCUCUUCGCAUGGAUAUAACGUAGAAAUAUACUGAUUGUAAAUUUACAUUACUUCUAACUCAAGAUGUUGGUCUUUCUUAUAAACGCAAGAUUGACACAUAUAGAAAAUUGAAUAUAAUCCAACAUGAACUACAUUUAAUUUUUAUUACAGAUACCAAUCUUCCGUUUAUUUAUAAUUCUAACUUCAUUACAUUAUUACGAAUUACUUACUAAUUCCCCUUAAUUUUAACGCAUGUAUUAUGAAUGCUUUGUAUUAAUUUCUAGAACAUACAUUAAUCCCUUAUAAAUGGGGUGAGAAGUCGUUCGAACAAUGUACGAACUGUGUGCAUAUGCAUAUUUAUCAUUUAUCAACAGUAGAUAAUACAAGAAUAACGACGUGCAAAUUUGACAAAAGUUAAUUUAAAUGAAAUUUUAUAUAAGGCACAUUCAGUUCUCCACCAAUUCCCCGCCUCUUGAUUAAAGUUGACACGGCCGACUUCGAUCAGAUAUUCUUCUUAUUUACCCUGUGUAUAUUGUCUCCUGUGCGCGGCAAAACUC